UGGCCGUGCUGCGGUGAGUCUGGCGCCCUGGAGGACGUGGCCCGUGCAUUUGCGCGCUGCUGCGAGCAGGUGGUGGCGCGGGAGCUGGACACGGGGGGCGCGGGCGGCGGCCAGGCGCAGGGCCGAGCGGAUGCGCUGUCCAGCGCCGCGCGCGUCACCGUGCACAUCGACGACGUCAACGACAACCCGCCCGUCUUCAGCAGCGCGCGCUACACCGCCACCGUCAUGGAGGACGCCACCGCGGGCUUCGUGCUCUGCCAGUUCAGCUUCUACGUGGAGGCGCGUGACAUGGACGGCGGCGAGGGGCCCCAGGCGCUGGUCGCCAAGGUGCCGCUGGUGGUGACGGUGCUGGACGUGAACGACCACACGCCCGUCUUCGAGCGCAUCACCUACAACUUCUUCCUCGCCGCCGACCGCGCCAGCUUCCUUGUGCCCGCCAUCGCCAAGGCUAAUGACAAAGACGCGGAGAAACCGAAUAAAGAAGUGCGAUACAGAAUUGCAAAUCCUGGGCCGUUCAAGGACGUAUUCGUUAUAGACAAAAUAACAGGAGAGCUGAAAGUGCACAACGUUGGGGCCCUCAACAAUACUGUGAAAGAGCAGGGCAAAUUCGACAUACAGCUUACGAUUGCUGCUUACGACUUAGGCAUCCCCAGCCGGCAGACGUUCACGCUGGUGAACGUGCACCCGGCGGUGAGCCCGCCGCGCACCAUGUUCUUCAUCAUGGCGGGCCCGCAGAAGGACCUGAAGGAGACGGAGGCGCUGCUGGGCAAGGUGACGGGCGCGCGCGUCAAGGUGCUGAGCGUGUCGCCCUACAAGGACGGGAAGACGGCGGUGGAGGCGUCGGCGGCGGUGCGCCUGGCGUCCGGGGGCGGCGCGUCG